AUGGGAGUGAUGAAGGUUCAGAGCGAUUCUUCAGAAGAUGAGAGUAGGAAGCUCACUGGUUCAUUUCCACAUGAGCUUGGAAACAUGUCAAAAGUUCAUUACCGGCUCCAUGAUAAUCGUCUUACAAGUCAUAAACCUCUCUCCAUCUCUCUUGGGAAGCUUACUGACUUGUUUCAUCUAAAGCUCAGAUCUAGAUUUGGCUAUUCUGAUAUUCUCUAUAUUGUUGCAUCUUUUUUGGCCGGAAGUUGA